UGCCACUUACCUAAACACAAUCAUAAUUCACAGCCCCUCCUAUUGUCUUUGCAGUGUGUGUGCAGCGGCAGAGGUGCUUGCAGAGGCUGAGGAUGGUGAUCGAUGGUACUUUUAAAUGUAAAAUACAGGGCACGGUAUCUGAAAGCUUUUGAGUUUGAGUACAGCUGUGCACGGGAGAAAGGACGGGGGUAAGGCGCUGUGUGAAGGCUGCCCCCUCUGUCUUACAUCGUCGCGUCGUAAGAGCGGCUGCAGCUCUUUACUGACAAAAUGGGUAACCGGGGGAUGGAGGAUCUGAUUCCUCUGGUAAAUAGACUGCAAGAUGCAUUCUCUGCCAUCGGACAAAAUGCCAACCUGGAUCUCCCGCAGAUCGCUGUUGUCGGCGGACAGAGUGCCGGUAAAAGCUCGGUGUUGGAGAACUUCGUGGGAAAGGACUUCCUGCCCCGAGGCUCUGGCAUCGUCACCCGUCGCCCUCUGGUCCUGCAGCUUAUCAACUGCCCCACAGAAUAUGCCGAGUUCCUGCACUGCAAGGGCAAGAAGUUCACGGACUUUGAUGAGGUGCGGCAGGAGAUCGACGCGGAGACGGACCGUGUCACAGGCCAGAACAAAGGCAUCUCCCCCGUGCCCAUCAACCUGCGUGUCUACUCUCCUCACGUCCUGAACCUCACACUGGUCGACCUGCCAGGGAUGACCAAAGUGCCAGUAGGUGACCAGCCGGCCGACAUUGAGCACCAGAUCCGGGAAAUGCUGAUGCAGUUUGUCACCAAGGAGAAUUGCCUGCUGUUGGCCGUGUCCCCGGCCAACUCCGACCUGGCCAACUCCGACGCGCUCAAGAUAGCCAAAGAGGUCGACCCACAAGGCCAAAGAACUAUCGGCGUGAUCACCAAGCUGGACCUGAUGGAUGAAGGCACGGAUGCCAGGGAUAUCCUGGAGAACAAGUUGCUUCCACUGAGGCGAGGCUACAUUGGGGUUGUGAAUCGCAGCCAGAAGGACAUCGAUGGUAAGAAGGACAUCGCGGCUGCCAUGGCAGCAGAGAGGAAGUUCUUCCUCACACAUCCAAGUUAUAGGCACCUGGCAGAGCGCAUGGGGACCCCUUACUUACAGAAAAUCCUCAACCAGCAAUUAACCAAUCACAUCAGGGACACGCUGCCAGGGCUCCGUAACAAGCUGCAGAGCCAGCUGCUGUCCAUUGAGAAGGAGGUGGAGGAGUACAAGAACUUCCGGCCAGACGACCCAUCCCGCAAGACCAAGGCCCUGCUGCAGAUGGUGCAGCAGUUUGCCGUUGACUUCGAGAAGCGCAUCGAAGGCUCCGGAGACCAGAUCGACACCUACGAGUUGUCAGGGGGAGCCAGGAUUAAUCGCAUCUUCCACGAGCGCUUCCCCUUCGAGCUGGUCAAGAUGGAGUUUGAUGAAAAGGAGCUACGCAAGGAGAUCAGCUACGCCAUUAAGAACAUCCACGGAAUCAGAACUGGGCUGUUCACCCCAGACAUGGCUUUCGAGACCAUUGUGAAGCGGCAGAUCGGGAAGAUCAAGGAGCCGUGCCAGAAGUGUGUGGACCUGGUCAUCUCGGAGCUGGUCAACACCGUGAGGCAGUGCACCAAGAAGCUAGCCCAGUACCCCAUGCUGAGGGAGGAGAUGGAAAGGAUCGUCACCCAACACAUCCGCGACCGGGAGAGCCGCACCAAAGACCAGGUGAUGCUGCUGAUCGACAUUGAACUGGCUUACGUGAACACAAAUCAUGAAGACUUCAUUGGAUUUGCCAAUGCACAGCAAAGGAGUAACCAGAUGAGCAAGAAGAAGGCUUCUGGCAAUCAGGAUGAGAUUAUGGUGAUCAGGAAGGGCUGGCUGACCAUCAACAACAUCGGCAUCAUGAAAGGGGGGUCUAAGGAGUACUGGUUCGUGCUGACCGCUGAGACCUUGUCCUGGUACAAGGAUGAUGAGGAGAAAGAGAAGAAGUACAUGCUGCCGCUGGAUAACCUGAAGCUGAGGGAUGUGGAAAAGGGUUUCAUGUCCAGCAAACAUAUUUUUGCACUCUUCAACACAGAGCAGAGAAAUGUGUACAAGGACUACCGGCAGCUGGAGCUGGCUUGUGAGACCCAGGAGGAAGUGGACAGCUGGAAGGCCUCCUUCCUGCGGGCUGGGGUCUACCCAGAGCGGAUCACGGAGAAGGAAAAGCAGAGUGACGCCGGGGAGGAGAACGGCUCCGAUGGCUUCAUGCACUCCAUGGACCCCCAGCUGGAGCGGCAGGUAGAAACCAUCCGCAACUUGGUGGACUCCUAUAUGGCCAUCGUCAACAAGACGGUGCGGGACCUCAUGCCCAAGACCAUCAUGCAUCUGAUGAUCAACAACUCGAAGGAGUUCAUCCACUCUGAGCUGCUGGCCUCCCUGUACUCAUGCGGGGACCAGAACUCGCUGAUGGAGGAGUCGGCGGAGCAGGCCCAGCACCGCGACGAGAUGCUGCGCAUGUACCACGCCCUGCGCGAGGCCCUCAACAUCAUCGGCGACAUCAGCACCUCCACUGUCUCCACUGCCCUGCCUCCCCCCGUCGACGACUCCUGGCUGCAGGUGCAGGGGGGGCCAUCCGGCCGCAGGUCCCCGAUGUCCAGCCCCACCCCACAGAGAAGGGCUCCUCCUGGGCCACCUGCCCGUCCAGGAUCGCGCACUGCGGCCCCUGGACCGCCCUCUGCCGGGGCUCCGCCUGUGCCCUCGCGUCCUGCAGCCUCGCCUGACCCAUUUGGAGGACCCCCACCCCAGGUCCCUUCUCGACCCAACCGGGCUCCCCCUGGUGUGCCAAGCAGGAGGGCCCCGGCUUCACCAACCAGACCCAACAGAUCCUCAGAGUCCUUUUCUUUAGACCACUAGGCACCCCGGGCGUGAGACCCAAUGGACUGAGCCCCUGAUCCCAGCCAGACCUUCCCUUCAACUCCUCCUCCAACUCCCACACUAGUGCACGUACUUGUGCAGGCACCCACGGAUAAAUACAUCACCUGUCCCCAAUUUUCUCAAAUCAUAAAGGAGAGACAAUAAUAUCUAAUUGCGGUGAUUAUAUUAUAUUACAGUGAUGAUACUUUAAUCCUCAUACUAUCUAGUACUGCAGACAUUUUGGAAAUACGGGCAUAUAAAUGUUCUCUUAAGCAAACCAUGUGUAUUUUUCAUUGUAGCAGACAUGAAGCAUUACUAAGAAAUAUACUUGAAAAACACGUAAAAAAGAAAACGUCCUGUAGCCGACAUCCAGCCUGUGUGCAUUAUAAACACAAAUGUAUACACAACAUGCUUCCCUGGUUCCACACUUCCUGUCCUUGCACAGGACCCAUGCGUUCUUCUUGGGCUGUGUGAUACACCUUCAGUGUCAGCUGGCUGUUUCCGCACAUAGUGCAAAUACGUUUUUGGGGGCAGGCUGUCUUUGAUUUCACCGAACCCCCCGUUCCCCAGCCUCUCGUGCAUGUCCUUCUGCCCCUUCUCUAUCUCACUUGCCAUUUUUCACUCACUGUGACGCGAGAUAUCCUUGCUGAAAGGGCCCCUCAUUACCUUUUUCUCUGGGAGGUUGUAAGUGCUGCCUAAGCUAUCUGCCCACUCACGGCUUCUCUUUCAGCCUCAAUAGUUGAGAGGUAUUCCCUCUCUCAGGUGAUUUGCAGUGACCCCACCCCACUGCCCCCACACUCACAACAGCACACGAGGGUGUGAUUUUUUUUUCCAAAAUCUCCCAGAAGGGAAAAGGAAUGGAGGGAUGAGUGAAGGAAAAAUGUGCAUCGUUCGAUGUUUUGUUUUUUCGCUGUGCCUUUAUUCUUUAUCGCCUUCUACUGCUAUAACUUUUCUUCCCAAGCUCUUUGAUUCUUGUCAGCAAUGAGUGAGCAUUCAGAGCAUCUCUCCCUCCUGCCCCUAUCGUCCGUCUGCUGCAGAGACAAACACCCAUAAAGGCUGCGUGCAGGAAGUCAGGACAGCAUUGUGUGGGCGAAGCUGGGUUUUCAGUGGGAGUAAAAUCAGAAACCGCUGGCAACUUGCACUGCGUUAUUUUCUCUGGGGACCAGUUCACCACGUCCCAUGGGCUGCCCAUUGUUCACCAUAAUGGCACAAAUUCGAUCAAAAUGCAGUGAAAUUCUUCAUACACAAAAGUUUGCUUGCCAGCUAGAGUUAUAUUUCCUCCCAUUUCCCGCAAAUGCUUAUGACUUGCUUUUCAUUUGUUAAUUUCUGUGUCUUUUCCCUCUUUUUAUUCUCAGCCGGCCGAGCAAGGGCAGCCCUUCCCAUCACGAGAGCCAUGCGCCGUUCGAUUCUUAACCACCAUCCUCUCUGUAACCUUUGCUCCCCCCUACACACACCCUCCUCUUCCUCCUCCCUCCAGGUUUUUGCCCUCCCCCUACCAAUAAAAUCAUAUACAUAUGUAAAUGUAUAAUUAGCUCCAAGUCUAAGGUUUUACUGUGGAGAAAGCGGGAGAAAUCCGAAGCCCCACCCACGUAACACAAGUUAUGGAUUAUUCUCACUAGUCGCCAGUAGAGGGUGCAGUCACGAGCUGCUCGAUAGAGCGACAUCAGCGCCGGCAGCUGGGGAAGUAUCGACGGAGAGCUUCGGACGUCCCGUUUAACCGUCCCACAGUCACGACAUCGACCCCGGAUCAUAAAACCCACCGUGCCAGUCACCACAGUGUACUAGCGUGUCGUACUGAUAAAUACUGCAUGUCGCUUAAUGUGCGUUUAUAUAAAUCAGCUGAAGUGAUUUGUGAUUAAUGGAGAUUGCCGCCGACCCUGGACUGCGCUGUUCUCUGUAUAUCUGUGACGGCUUCAGACGCGCUGGUCGCCAGCAGCACCAGUGACAAUCGUGUCUACACUUUUUCUUUGGGUCGUCCGCUUGAUCUACGUUACAAAGUGCAAUAUGGAUUCAGGAAGCUGAAAACGUCAAAAUGCCACAUGCUAUUGUACAGACUGAGAAGAGGGGGACGCGUUAAACGUUUUAUUCCGUUACGUUAAAUCAAGAAUAUUAUUUUGUUAGAUAUAUACAACAAUGAAUUGUCAACGCAAUUAUCAGUCUAUAAUUUAGUAUAGUUAUUUUUUUGUCUUACUAUAAAGGUUUUGGUCAGUGUCUGGGUUGGUCAGUGCACAGAGAAGGAAAAAGAGAAGAAAGAUCUUGUAUUCUGCAUUUCUGUCAUUUGGUCUAUUCAUAUCCAGAGGACAAAGAUAGCCCCCCAGCAGUGAUAUCGGUCUUUGUGAUUGUUGUAAUAUGACCCUGUUUGUCUGUAAUUGAGUAAAGACACAGCUGUUUUCAUUAUUGUUUGCCUCUGAUUUGUUUCCGAUAUUCUCAGAUUCUUUAGCGACUAAUAAUGAUGACGUACAUAGGUCAUCAUGGACAGACUUUAUAAGUGUCACGUAUCUUUGUGUUGCAUCUAUGAAAACUGUGCUUCCACUGUUUAGUUAAACUGUAAGAUCAAUGAGUAUUCAACGCAAUGAAUAUAUCAAUUAUGUGGUUGUGCAAAAUAAAGUAUAUAAAAAAAUGAAAUAAAACAUUCAAGAUGAAGCAUAAAAAUUGCCUCUGCCAGACUGUUCCCUGAGUAGAAAAGUAAGGCUUGGGGUGUUGACUCUCUCUGAAAGACUUGUGUGAUUCUCUGUUGCCAUGUGUCCUGUAUCUUAUUGCUGUUGUUGUUGCAAGCAAGUUCCAAGCAAGGCAUUGCUGUUUAAGAAAUAAACUGUCUGCGUUGAAGAUA